AUGAUGAACCACGACUUUUGCCAUAACGCUCAAAAUCACAAGGUACUUGUAGGAAUUACCAAUUCGCAUCUCGGCUCUCUCUUCACAGACCACGCAUCACACAAUGUCGAAAACCGCAAGGUAAGUCGCAUCCUCCGGGCUCCGAAAUGCAUGCUGUCCUUGAAGAAAGCCGUCUCUGACAUGAUUUUUCGCCUUCGCAGCCGCCCCGACUGGGCAGACGAUGUGUCUGACUCGGAACAAAUCGACCCAUCCGCGCUCCCACCCCCAGUCACCACAGUCAACAAAGACGGCACCAAGACGACGAUAUCGUACCGGCUCGACGACCAAGGGCGCAAAGUCAAGACGAUCCGCAAGACCCGCACAACCGUCCACAAGGAGAGAGUAAACCCCCAGGUCGCGGAGAGGAGAGAGUGGGCCAAGUUCGGCCUGGAGAAGGGCAAGCCCAAGGGCCCGCAGCCUGACACGACGUCGGUCGGCGAGAACAUCGUCUUCCGGCCGAGCAGGGACUGGAAGAACGUGCAGGCCGAGGAGGCCAAGGCCGGCGGCGGCAAGGUCGAGGAGAAGAGCCUCAAGGAGCAACUCAGAGACAAGAAGGUCAAGUGCCGUAUCUGCCAGGGUGAACAUUUCACGGCAAGGUGCCCCUUCAAGGACACAAUGGCGCCCGCCGACGACGGCGCGACGCCCGUCGCCGACCCCAUGGCCGAGGACGACGAAGCCAAGGCUGCCGGCGGCCUUGGAGCCGGUGGUAGCAGCUACGUGCCUCCUCACCUGAGAAAAGGCGCGCAGGGCGCAGGCGAGAGAAUGGGCGGCAAGUUCGAGAGGGACGACCAGGCUACUCUUCGUGUUACAAAUGUUUCCGAAAUGGCCGAGGAGUCUGAGAUUCGUGAAUUGUUUGAGCGGUUCGGUCGCAUCACCCGGAUAUUCUUGGCUAAAGACCGAGAGACGCAACGUGCGAAAGGCUUUGCUUUUGUAUCCUACGUCGACCGGGCAGAUGCUGCGAGAGCAUGCGAGAAGAUGGAUGGCUUUGGUUACAGACAUUUAAUCUUGAGGGUUGAAUUUGCAAAGAAGCCUAACUAG